AUGGUAGCCGCCCCCGGUCCUUAUGCCAUACAACCGCAACAGCCGCAAACACAACAACAGCAGCAACAAGCCAUGACCGCCAUGCAUCACCCGCAUGCAUACCACACGCACGCUCAACCCUCGGGUGCACUGUACAUCCCAGCCGGUGCUGCUGGUGGAGCCGAGAAUUUUGCCGCUCCCAUGCUUGCUCCAUCCGCUUCGGCAGUGGCCGGUGCAUUCCGCAAAUAA